CCGGUUGUUGUAGAGCAGUGGAAAUCUGGAGCGGAGACAUCAGGGAAACUAGAGAAACAAACAUUUUGUUAAUAGAUGUAUUAUUAUUCAAAGGAAUUAUGAACACGAUGUGGUACAGCUCAAAAAGUUUGACAAACCAUGUGAAAAGUCUGGCAUCCUCAUUCUUGGUGGCAUCCAAUGGUUUUUUAUCUCAACAAACACGAAACACUUUUAUUCUGAAGAGAAGAAUUCCUCCCGGACUGCAUAAAAAGAACAGUAGACCAAAGCCUCUGAGACCUAGACAUUAUUUGUACGAUCUUGUGGAAGAUACCAGUGUAAAGCAAAAGCCAAACUUGGAAGUCAUUUUAACAACUUACGUUAAUGGCUUGGGCGACAAAGGGGAUCGAGUAUCAUUGAAACCGUACAAAGCCUACACGGAACUCCUGUUACCAGGCUUGGCUGUUUAUCCAACUCCUGAAUUUUGCGAAAAAUACGAAAAUAAAAAUGCUGCGGCUGAGGCAAAGUUGUUCAGCUCUCCUCAUGCUGAGCGCACGAUACAUGCACUGUCCAUACGAACAUUGGGCAUCAACAUGUCCAGUGAGAAUCCUUGGGUAUUAGAAAAAUGGCACGUCAGAUCCGCAUUUCGUGUAGCUGGCUUUCAUAUGCCCGAUGACGCGAUAACCAUGCCAGAGAAACCAAUUUCUGGACCUGAUUCUUCCAUAGAAGGAAAAGAGUUUUAUGUCACAAUUACUGUGAACAAGACAGAACAGGUCAAAGUCAGGUGUAGAAUUUAUUAUUGGAAGCAAAACAGCCCGAGCCUACCUGAAGAUUUUUACAAAGAGAUUGCCGAACCAGUUUUUCCAGAAGAUCAGCCAAUUUUAGAUUCACUCCCUAGAUGGACCGAGCAAUCCAAAAGUCGCCAGUUCUAGUAGAUUCUGUAAUAAUAACGCGUGUUGUUGAUAAAUACAUUGGAUGUAAAUAUA